AUGCCUCUCUUCUCGACCGCCCCCUCCACUGAUGCCGACUGGCAAAAGCUUGCGGAGGAAACUCAGAACAAGCUGGCAAUCGAACAGUCUAGUGGCAAGGACGUUGUAUCGAAACUUACGCUGGAGAGCUUGGCUAAGACUGUCGACCACACACUGCUUAAGCUUGACGCCACAGAAGCGCAGAUUGAUGCAGUAUGCGAGGAAGCGAAGAAGGACAAGUUCGCGACUGUCUGCGUCCGCCUCAACUGGGUUCCCCGUACCAUCUCCAACCUCCAAGGCAGCGGCGUUGGCGUGGCUUGUGUCGUUGGCUUCCACGAAGGCACCUACACUACAGAGGAGAAAGUAAAGGAGGCCACCGCCGCUGUCUCCGCCGGCGCCACCGAGCUCGACGUUGUCAUCAACUACCCGCAGCUCCUCGCUCACGAGUACAACAACAUCUUCACUGAGCUCGCCACCCUCCGCGGCGCCACGCCCAACACCCCCAUCAAGCUCAUCCUUGAGACCUCGCAGCUCCAGCCUUUCGACAUCGUGGCGGCGACUACGCUCGCCGCUUUCGCUGGAAUCGACUGCGUCAAGACGUCGACCGGCUUCAACGGCCGCGGCGCGAGCGUUGAGGACGUGCGGACGAUGGUGGCGACGAUCAAGGCGGUUGGCAGAGGAGAGGGCAAGGAUAGGAUGUGGGUCAAGGCGAGCGGCGGCGUCAGGGGUCUCGCGAGCGCCAGGGAGAUGCUGCUGGCGGGCGCGGAGAGAAUCGGAGCAAGCUCUGGUGUGACUAUCAUGAAGGAGGCGAGGGAGGCUGUCGGUGCGGACGGUAUUGUCGGGGAGGGCAACAAGGGGGCGGAAAGCGGAGCUGGCUACUAG